UAAGACCAAUCUUCUCUCUAGAGACUGAUGAAAACUCUAGUCAUUUAGUCAAUCUUCCCCCACCAUCCUCUCCUUCCCCUCUCCUUCCUCUCUCCCUCUUUCCCCUCUUCCUACCUAAACUCCUAUAUAUCCAAUUAUCUCUCACUAUUCUCCAACCUUAUACACAACAAAGCUUAAUACUCCAGACAUGGAGAUGCAAGUCGCUCUUCCAGUUCCUCCGGUGGACUUCAACUUCGAUAGCAGCGCCUGCUCCUCCCCUUACAUGACCGCUCCUUCAAGCCCCACCAGAUUUGGCAACUACUUCUUCAGCGCACCUACCAGUCCCACCCGUGCCUCCACCUUUUACAGCCACUUCAAUGACCUCUCCAUGGACAACAACCCUAGACUCUCAGCCUCCACAGUCCCUUUUAAGUGGGAAGAAAAACCCGGAAUUCCGAAAUCAAGAGCUAGCUUUAGUAACGAUCAGAAUCAUCAUCAUGAGGAGGAUUUUGAGUUCGACUUUAGUGGUCAGUUGGAGAAAGCUUCUUUGCCGGCGGACGAGCUCUUCGAUGGCGGCAAGAUCAAGCCUCUAAAGCCGCCGCCUCGCUUACAACUUGGGAGGAAUGGAGGAGUACAUGAUCAAGGUCCCUCUAGUCCUUCACCGAAGUCACCGUCGCCAAGAGCGUCAAGACUAUCCCAAGGAAGGAAAUUAGUCCAAGAAGUUCUAUCCCCGCGGCAUCACAGAAAGAAUCAUCGUACUGAUGACCCUUUCGAGGCUGCGAUGGAUGAGACACGAAAGGAUGAGUAUGAAAAUCAAGAGGGAAGACGCGGGAGGGAAAGAUCUGCCUCCACUCAUAAAAAGGGAAGCAGAUCUUUGUCUCCCUUGAGGGUGUCAGAUAUCAUGUUCGAGAUCCAAGAAGACAACGCGAUUUCUUCAACAACAGUCAACUCUAACAAGGCCUCUACUUCUUCAGCAUACUCUUCGUUUUUAUCAGCGAUCUCGUUCUCAUCGAAAGGAAACAGAAAAUGGAAAUUGAAAGAUUUAUUGUUGUUUCGGAGUGCAUCAGAAGGCCGAGCCACAGCGGGCAAAGACCAUUUGAGGAAGUAUGCCAUGUUGUCUCCCAAGACGAAGAGUAGUAGUAGCGUUGCCGAGGACGUGAAGAACUCGAGUUUCCGGUCCACUGACAGCGUGGGGUCGGUGAGCUCCAGGAGGAGAGGACCGGUUUCGGCGCACGAGUUGCAUUACACCGCGAACCGGGCGGUAACGGAGGAGAUGAGGAGGAAGACCUUCUUGCCUUACAAGCAUGGGCUCUUGGGGUGCUUGGGGUUCAACCCUGGUUUGCACGAGAUUUCCAGAGGUGCAUUUGGGUCUUUGACACGUGGUGGAGGGUGCAGAUAAUAACUCGAUCGGCCGUAGAUAUGUUUUGUAUUUACAAUUUCUUUGUUGUGGAAUAUAGAUGUUUGAAUUUUACUCAUAAGGUUGAUCAACUUGAUCUUGGUUUUUUUAAUUGUUCGAUUAUGGUGGUGUCUCUAUCACUAAAACGGAAUCCAAAUUGUAUGAAACAUGCAUAUAUACACAAAAGAUUACUUACAACCAA